AUGGGUCAGGGCUUCUCCCUCACUACGCUUUCGGCUGGCUCGGCCAACAUCGACGUGCCCGAGCUGGCUGAUCUGCAAUAUGAGAAAUCACUCGGAGCGGCGCGUUUUAUGAAAGCCGUGCGCGCCCGCCACAAGGACGGUCUUGUUGUAGCCCGAGUGGUGAUGAAGCCUUACGCUCAGUUCGACUUCCAAGAACACGUCAAACGGCUACUCCAUGAACGCAAAGUGCUCGCUGAUGUGCCCAACGCCGUUGCAUACCACCGCGUGAUCGAGACGGCAGCUUGCGGUUAUCUCGUGCGCCAGUAUAUUCACAGUUCUUUGUACGAUCGUUUGAGCACACGUCCAUUCUUGGAAGAGAUUGAGAAGAAAUGGCUUUCUUUUCAGCUCCUUUGCGCCGUGCGAGACUGCCACGCGCGGAACAUCUAUCAUGGUGACAUCAAGACCGAAAACGUUCUUGUCACGUCCUGGAACUGGCUGUAUCUUGCAGACUUCUCAUCAUCAUACAAGCCAGCACAUCUACCCGAAGACAACCCUGCCGACUUCUCCUUCUACUUCGACCUUUCCGGUCGCCGCACUUGCUACCUUGCACCGGAGAGAUUCCUAGCUGCUGGACAGCAACCCGAAGGCGAGGGCGAUGUCAACUGGGCCAUGGAUGUUUUCAGUGUCGGCUGCGUCAUCGCUGAACUAUUCCUGGAAGCCCCCAUCUUCUCUCUCAGUCAACUGUUCAAGUACCGACAAGGCGAAUACAAUCCCGAGCAUUCUCAUCUCAGCAAGAUCCAGGAUAGCAGCAUACGCGAGUUGAUAUUACACAUGAUACAAGUGGAUCCCAAUUCUCGGAUGACUGCCGAAGACUACCUGACACAUUGGAAAGGCAAGGUGUUCCCGACUUACUUUUACGGCUUUCUACAACAGUAUAUGUACUCCAUUACCGACCCAUCGUCAGGGCGCAAGCCAGUAACCACCGGAUCAGAACACCUUGGCGAGCCUGAUGAGCGCAUAGACCAGAUAUAUAGCGACUACGACAAGAUUUCUCACUUGUUGUCCAACGAGGAAGGAAAGGAACUCAUCAAACCCGAAUUCACCCCUCCAAGACCGCAUGCCAAGCUCUUCCCGCUCUUCGUCAACAUACCAAAUUAUCAGCACCAAGCCUCUCCCGCGCGGAGUCUGGCUAUCGAUGACGGUAAUUUGGUUUUUCUAACCAUCGUCGUAUCUUGUCUGCGAGGAACAGCUAGAUCCUCCGCUCGUGUCCGAGGCCUGGAGUUGCUCCUGGCAUUCUCCGAACGCUUAACGGAUGAAGCAAAGCUGGACCGUGUGAUUCCCUACGUCGCUCAAUUGCUAGUCGACAAGUCUGAACAGGUCAAGAUUGCUGCGUUGCGCACCUUGACACAGAUACUCGCCAUGGUUCAGGUUGUAUCUCCUAUCAACGCCUACAUCUUCCCGGAAUAUGUCUUACCCCGUCUAGAGGCAUACCUCCCUGACUCUUCUACCAACGUUGGUCCCCUUGUUCGAAUGCAGUAUGCGUUUUGUAUCGGUACUCUAGCAACCACUGCAGCGAGGUAUCUGGAUAUGAUCCAGGCUCUGCGCGCAGAGGGGUCGUUACCCAAUGCAGAUCCCGAAACCGAAGACGACAUGUCUUCAUCCGCCCACCGGAACCAGUUCGAUUCGGAUCGUCGCAUCCUUGUGGAAGCCUUUGAGAAACACACGAAAGCCCUUCUUACCGAUGGCGAUGCCUCUGUCCGUCGAGCCAUGCUACGUUCUGUCUCUGACUUGUGUGUUUUUUUUGGAAGCCCACGGGCCAACGACGUCGUUCUUAGUCAUCUUAACACGUACCUGAACGACCCAGAUUGGAUGCUCAAGUGUGCCUUCUUUGAAGGUAUCGUCGGCGUUGCCGUUUUUGUUGGCGGUGCUAGCUUGGAAGGUUACAUUCUACCGCUCAUGGUUCAGGCCCUAACAGAUCCGGAAGAGUUUGUGGUGGAAAAGACCAUUAGAGCGCUUUCAUCCAUGGCAGAGCUUGGUCUAUUUCAGCGGUCCAAGACAUGGGAACUGGUGGAUAUACUUGCACGCCUCACAAUGCAUCCUAACUUAUGGAUUCGAGAGGCAGCCGCACAGUUUAUCUCAGCUGCUUCCCGAUAUCUUUCGGUCGCCGAUACGCACAGCAUUCUGGUCAAUCUCAUUCGACCUUACCUUAAAGUCAUACCCUCUGAGUUCUCUGAAGUACGGAUUUUGGAGUCGUUAAAGCCACCCAUGUCACGGUUGCUUUUAGAUAUGACCUCGAACUGGGCGCUGCAGGCUCAGAAGGGUCAAUUUUGGGUUGCAGCCAGGCAGCAGCAGACCUUCACCUUUGGGUCAUCAGAGGAUAGCUUACCUACAAUCUCUGGGCGCGAACUAGACCAAAAGAUACUACAGCGGCUACCAAAAAACGAAGAGGACGACCUAUGGUUACGAAAACUCCGCAACGCCGGUAUGACAGCAGAAGACGAUUUCAAGCUUGUUGCUCUACGGGAGUUCAUUUGGAGAGUGAGCAAUCGCCGACGCUCUGAUGGUCUCGCCGCUCCGACCACCAAGUUCAACAGCGUUGUCGUACUGAAUGACCUUGGUAUUAAGGCUCAGACAGUGCUCUUUGAUGAAGACGUCCGUCAGGUCAUGGAACAAACUAGGAAACCCAGCGCUCCAGAGGAGCACAUUCAACCUCGAACGAUCAAGGACGCUCUGCUGGAUGCAUCAACUACGGAGGCUAAUGGGCUAGCCGAGCAUUUUGAAAGUCAAGCUGGGCGACUGAUACGCGAAGAGAGGGGUAUCACGAUCCCAUUGCGAUCGAAAAUGUCUUCUUCCAACGAGGUACAUUCCAACAUUGGCUCACCACCUUCCGAGACAGACAUGCGGAGAAGGUCAUUGCAGAUCACGCGGCCAUCUCUUUCUCCAUCCAAUUCUGUCGGCUCAACAGAUUUAUCCAGCAGCCUUCGCCAUCGUAGUAGUGCUUUGGGACUGCUCGGCAAAGGAGAAAACAAAGCCUUGGCUGAGAUUGGUACCACAUCUGCCAACGCGUUCGGGAAGGUCGACGGUACUCAUGUUCGAGACUCCUCUCGAUCGCGACCUCCCAACUCCCCUCUCGCUACAGAACGGUACGACCGUAGUCCAAUGAGAGUUCGAUUCAGGAAUGCACAUAACUAUACAGGUAACGAUCCGGCGAUUCUCAAGCUAUUAGACUCCAUGCUUCUUGAGCGCUUCCCUACGGAUGAGAUCGAGUUUGGCCCUCGCAUACAAUCUCCAAUUAGGCGGCAGCCCAUCAGGUACAAAGACGCUCAUCAGUCGCCAGCCGGCAUACCGUGGAGACCGGAAGGCACUUUGGUGGCGAGCUUUGGCGAGCAUACUGCUGCAGUGACGCGCAUCUUGGUCUCGCCUGACCAAGCUUUCUUCAUCAGUGGGUCAGACGACGGGACUGUGAAGAUUUGGGAUACGUCACGUCUCGAGCGCAACAUUACCCGGAGAUCACGACAGACUUACAGACUGGGUGAGGAUGUCAAGGUCACGAGUCUGGUUUUUGUGGAACAGACUUACUCGUUUGUCGCAACGGGUGAUGAUGGUAGUGUACAUGUGGUCCGCGUGGACUACAUCCAGAGUCAUGAUGGAAGUGCCAAGUUCGGGCGUCCUCGACUUCUUCGCGAAUAUCAACUUCCUAAGGGCGACUGUGCAGUGUGGUCGGAACACUACAAUGGAGACAACAGAUCGGUCCUUUUGUUAGCUACUGAUACCUCUAAGGUCAUUGCGCUGGAUUUGAGGACCAUGGAGCUGCUGUACACUCUCAAUAAUCCUUUGGACCACGGCACCCCUACGUGCUUCUGCGUUGAUAAGAGGGCGCAUUGGCUACUAUUAGGAACCUCCCAUGGUGUCCUCGAUCUCUGGGACCUUCGGUUCAAGCUUCGCCUCAAGGCUUGGGUAUUCCACGGUGCAUCGCCGAUACACCGCCUCUGUCAGGUCUUCCUCCCCAAGUUGAAGAAGACCCGAUUGUAUAUCAGCGGUGGCAGCGAUCAGGGCGAGGUCACUGUGUGGGACUUUGAGAAACACAUCUGCAAAGAAGUCUAUCGUACGGGACUGUGCAAAGAUACUGGAACCAAGAGCACCACCCUCAUCGACCUGGACGAGGAGAAAGCUGGUGGCAUGCUCGGCCGCUUUUCAACCAGCGUCGAACCGACUGCUAGCUCGACAGCGGACCGCGGCGUUCGUGCACUAGCCAUAUGCACACAGGCAACGGACGAGAAAGGCGAGUCGAAACAUACAUUUCUUCUCACAGCAGGCCCCGACUGGAAAGUUCGGUAUUGGGACACCAAUCGGCCAGAAUCAUCGACAGUGGUGAGUGGCCUAGAGCCCGACGAAGGUAAACCAGCAUAUACCGCAUCGCAGCCGAGUCCGGAUACCAUCGUCGUUACGGAGAGAUUACAGCAGCCGGCCGGUCAGGUGGGUAAUGCAAGGGACAGCCGGGCAAGCACCUCAGCAAAGAAGCCACCAGCCAAAUCAUCAAGGUCAGGUGCCAUCGCGUUGCAGCAGCAGUACUUGCUCAAGGGCCAUGUUGAUCGUAUAAUGGACGUGGCCUUGAUUGAGCAGCCAUACGGCAUGGUUAUUUCAGCUGACCGAUCGGGCGUCAUCAAUCUAUUUAUGUAG